CUAACCAGCUUUACUACUUCAGUUGGCAGGUGAUAACAGCAGCUUGGAUGAGCACCCUGCUGAAGCUGCUCCGAUCUGUGCCCGCCCUUAGCUCAAGAGCAGUGAUAAUGACCUCGGCAACUCAUGCCAUGGAUGGGCCAGUGACGAGUGCCAUUCACCUAAAACUGGAGCAGAGACUGACACCCACACACUUGCAGGUCAUCAAUGAGAGCUACAUGCAUGCGGUGCCUCCUGGCUCAGAGACCCACUUUAAGGUGGUGGUGGUGAGUGAGAGAUUUGAAGGGAUGCCUUUGCUCCAGAGACACCGGAUGGUCAACGACAUUCUGAAGGAGGAGCUGGCAACCAGGAUCCACGCCCUUUCAAUCCAGGCCAAGACACCCCGGCAGUGGGGAGCUGA